AUGUCAUUUCCGUUGGUUUCAUCGAAAUCGUUCAAUAACAACGAUUCAAAUGUUCACCAAACCGAUGAUCGAAUCAAUGAAGUCACCGACAAAUCAGAUGAAACUAACAGUGAGGAACCACUCGAUCCCCGCAUACAAAUUGAAUUGGAACGUGCCAAUGCUGCGACCAGUGAAAUAAAUAAUCUUGAAACACAAUUAGAUGAAGCUCAACAGACGUUUCAGACAAGUUUUGCUAAUUGUAAACAACAAUUGGCGAUUCUUGCGAAGAAACUUGGCAGUUGUGUCGAACGUUCACGACCGUUUUUCGAUGCCUGUAAACAAGCCAACGAGGCACAAUUGGAGACACAGAAAGCUGCACAAGAAUACCAACGUUCUGUGGAACUUUAUCGUGUUACCAAAGAAACAUUAAGUUUAGCUGAAGGUAAACUACUCAAAGCCGAUAAACGCGAAUUUGACGCAGCGUGGCAGGAAUAUGUAAACCAUGCAACAAUGAAAGUAAUGCAAGCCGAACAAGAUAAGACACGAAGUGAGCGAACGCAUGAAGAGAAGUCGAAACUCUAUAUAGAAUGUGAACAACAACGAGUAACACUACAACGAACAUUGAAGAGAUCAAUUACCAAAGCAAAACCAUAUUUUGUUGCCAAAGAGUCUGCCGAAGAGGAGUUACAGAACCAAAAACUUCGUAUUGAAGCUGUGCAAAAAGCGAUUAGUCAAGCGAAAAAAAUGUACCGUACUGCAUUGAAUAAUCUCGAAAGAAUAUCUGAAGAAAUUCACACGAAACGUAAAACUCAAUUAUUAGUGCAAUUACCUCCGCGUGAACCAGGCGUUGGUUCGGAUAGACCCGAUGAAUAUAUUGAACUACCUGACCUCGAACUAACUGAAUUUCCGAAAAUCGAUCCAUCUGAUGAUGAAGAUGAAGGAGAAGUCAAUGAAGACGAACAUCUAUCUAAUUCGAUCAGUUCAGUCUCCAUGGACGCCCUCUCAUUGACGAAUCCAACUUCAAAUACAUCCGGUAUGUCAAGUAUUCAGCAAACCAGUGAUUAUGAAUCAUUUGCUGAUUGUAUACGCCAAUCACCUUCGAUUGCUACUGCUCAGACCGCUAAUCCUUUGACAAAUAUCAGCAUCGAUAAUCACUUUAGUAUUCAAUCACCAGUACGAGUAAAUGGUGAAGGUUCGUCAUUAUCAAACGAUCAACAACGUCGACGGAAGCAUGGUAUAUCGACAACAACGGCAAUAAUCCAUAGAAAUGCACCAUGA